AGCACUGUCCAGUCAGGACGGUGGGGCGCGAAGCAUCUCCCAAUCAACAGCCAGAUGGAAGAGAGUGCCAGGAGCACCGUCCAGUCAGAGCACGCUCCCAGCCCGUGAGCGGGUAGUUCUCGGCCAGCCGUGCUGCUCCUGCGUACCUGCGCCGCGUGGGCCCAGGUGUCGGUUCCUCGUACCUCUCACCUACGCGGGCUGCGGCAAGGACGCCUGGGAGAGCCGGGAGCCCGGCAGAGAUGAACUCGGUGGUCUUUGAGGAUGUGGCCGUGGACUUCAAUCUGGAGGAGUGGGCUUUGCUGGAUUCUGCUCAGAGGGAGCUCUACAGAGAUGUGAUGCUGGAAAACUUCAGAAACCUGGCCUCAGUGGAGGAUGAGACUCAAUUUAAGGCCAAUGGGUCAGUUUCUCAGCAGGAUAUUUAUGGGAAUAAAAUAUCCAAGGAGCAUAAAAUAUCAAAGUUCACUGGAAAUGAUUCCUUGGCCUCCGUCUUAGGAAAAAUUUGGGAAGAACUCAGCCUUGAAGAUCAGCACAUAGAUCAAGGGAGACAUCUGAGAGAUCACGUGGUGGAGAGACUCCAUGAAAGUAAUGAUCAAUGUGGGGAAGGCUUCAGUCAGACUCCAAAUCUUAACCUGUACCAGAAAACUCUUACUGGAGUAAAAAGGUAUGAAUGCAGUACACAUGGAAAAGUCUUCACGCAUCAUUCAUCCCUCAAGAGUCACAUCGCUGUUUGCACUGGACACAAACCGUAUCAAUGUCAGGAAUGUGGGCAGGCCUACAGUUGUCGUUCACACCUAAGGACGCAUGUGAGGACCCACAGUGGAGAGAGACCCUAUGUGUGUAAAUUAUGUGGAAAAACUUUUCCUCGUACUUCUUCCCUUAACCGGCAUAUAAGGAUUCAUACUGCGGAGAAAAGCUAUGAAUGUCAGCAAUGUGGAAAAGCCUUCAUUGAUUUUUCAAGUCUUACUAGUCAUGUGAGAACACAUACUGGAGAGAAGCCAUAUAAAUGUGAGGAAUGUGGGAAAGCUUUCAGUUAUUCCUCAACUUUUCGAAGACACAUGAUAACACACACUGGAGAGAAGCCCUAUAAAUGUAUGGAAUGUGGGGAAGCCUUCAGUUACUCCUCAACUUUUCGAAGACACAUGAUAUCACACACUGGGGAGACACCACAUAAAUGUAAGGAAUGUGGGGAAGCCUUCAGUUAUUUCUCGGCUUUUCGAAGGCACAUGAUAACACACACGGGGGAGAAGCCCUAUGAAUGUAAACAGUGCGGGAAAACCUUCAUUUAUCUCCAAUCCUUUCGAAGCCAUGAAAGGAUUCACACUGGAGAGAAGCCCUAUGAAUGCAAGCAAUGUGGAAAAGCCUUCAUUUAUCCCCAGUCAUUUCGAAGGCAUGAAAGGACACAUGGUGGAGAAAAACCCUAUGAAUGUAACCAGUGUGGUAAGGCAUUCAGCCACCCCUCAUCCUUUCGAGGACACAUGAGAGUGCACACUGGAGAGAAACCUUACGAGUGCAGGCAGUGUGGAAAAACUUUCAACUGGCCCAUAUCCUUGCGAAAACAUACAAGAACACACACUAAAGAGAAACCCUACGAAUGUAAGCAAUGUGGGAAAGCCUUCAGUUUGUCCGCUUGCUAUCAAGAGCAUGUGAGAAUGCAUCCUGGAGACAAAUCAUAUGAAUGCAAGCUCUGUGGGAAAGCUUUCAGUUGCCACAUCUCGUUACAAAGACACAUGAGAAGGCACACUGCUGAGAAGCUUUAUGAAUGCAAGCAAUGUGGGAAGGCCUUCAGCUGGCCUGAACUUUUGCAACAGCACGUGAGGACGCACACUGCAGAGAAACCUUACAAAUGUAAGGAAUGUGGUAAAGUCUUCAAAUGGCCCUCAUCUUUACCAAUACAUAUGAGAAUGCACACUGGAGAGAAACCAUAUGAAUGUAAGCAGUGUGGGAAGGCCUUCAGUUUCCUCAUCCUUAAGAAGACAUGUGAGGAUACAUACUACCAAGAAACACUACAUAUGAAACUCGGGAAAUCUUCCUGCAAAUGAAUUCAUGCACAGUGCUUCAGAAAAUUCACAUCAGGAGAGAAAUCUUACAAAAGUUGUAAACCUGGUAUUGCCUUUAUGAGUCCUUCAUCACUAAAGUGGACCCAUAGGGAGUGUAUUUCCAGUUCUUUUGCAAAUAAACAUUUAGAUGAAAAUUAACUGUUGAAGUGCUCUUUUGGCUACAGUACGUAAAUUUUGCAGGAAGUGUUUUUUCUUAUGUUUUAGGAAAUAAAGCAUCUUUACAGUUUGUUGGACUCAUGGGUGAUUUGAAGCGUAUUUUUAAUAUAUAAGUAGUUUUAAUAUGUUAGUUCUUUAAAUUGUCCUUAAAGGGGUUAUUGGAACAAUGACAGUGUGGUAUUUGUUUGUAUUUUCCUACUGGCUUAGUGUGGCAGAUACUGUAUAAUCAACCAUUAUGUUUUCCACCAUGGAUUGAGAGAAUAUUUGUUUAUUUAGGACAGUGGAAUCUUAUUCUGUUUUUCUUCUAAAUAUUUGGCAGAAAUUUUUAAUUAUGCAGAGUUCUUCCAAGUGUACAGUCUCAUGUGAAUUGUUACUUUCAGCUUUUGCCCUUCGCUUUGUCCUUGCUUGUGAUAGUGAAUUAAACAGUGGGUUUUUACUUAAGA